AUGGAAGUGAGUAAAAAUCCGGGAGUGAACCUCUACCAAGGAAAAGACCAACCUAAUAAAGGUAAAGGUAAAGGUAAAGGUAAAGGUAAAGAAAGGGGAAGCGGAAGGAUGGAAAGAAGGCAGCAUGUUAUGUGUGUGGCAAUGAAGACCAUAUGUCUCCAAAAUGCCCAGACAGACUCCCAAUGGAAGAAUCAGGAUCAAUAUGUCAACUAUGGGAAGAAGCUCAAUCUUAAUCAGAUUGGAGCAACUGUCCCAGCUACUGUUCCAGCUAUAGUUCCUGGAGCUUCAGCAUCCACAAGUAAUGAAAUGAUGCAAGUUCCUUCUGGAAUGCAGCUCAUGCAGAUUCCAACUCAAGGUGACGGCACUGUUACUGUCCCUUAUUCUAUGAAUGCUAAUGGUGAGAUUGCGUUCAGUGGAAUGCAACUCAGCCAACAAGGCUUCAGUGGUGCUUAA